CCCGAAUUCCUGAAGGUGAACCCCCUGGAGAAGGUGCCUGCCCUCAGGGAUGGGAACUUUCUGGUGGCCGAGAGCCCAGUCUCUCCUGCCCCACGUCUCCGGGCAGCCUGUGGAUGCUGUGCAGCUGCAGCAGCCGUUGGGGAAGCUGACGCCCGCUUUGCAGCACCUGGAUCAGGAGGUCCUGGCGGCCAGGCCCUUCCUGGCCACUGAGCAGGUCUCCCGGGCGGAUCUGAUGGCAUUCACAGAGCUGAUGCAGCCCACUGCCGUCGGCUGCGACCUCUUCCAAGACUGGCCCUGGCUUGCUGUGUGGCGAGCCUGUGUGGAGGCCACCCUGGGCCUUGAGCUCGUCCAGGAGGCCCACAGGUGAGUGCUUCAGCCUCGGGACCCCCCAAGAGGCCCAGUGGGACCCCCAGCUGGCCCAGAAGCUUGUGCAGAGGGUGAAGGAGCGGCUCCGCUGAAGGUCUGCCGCGCCCCUGCGCUCUGCCAUCUGCAGUAAACACUCUGUGUGCCCCCAACUCGUGUCCAGCCUCUUUCUGUCCCGGGAAGUGGGCUCUCCCCAUUUCCAAAUGGUCAGGGGAUCUCCUGAAGUCACGUAGCUCAGAGUGAGCAGCACUCAGGCCCCCACAGUGACCUUCCUCUGCCGCCAGGUGCUGAGUCCAGGUGCUCGGCCUGGCCACAGCCGGUCCCAACCCAGGCUGGAGGUUUCUGGGCUCCUCUGCGUGGCCCCUUGAGUCCCCUGUGGCGUCACCCCAAUGCCCUGACGGCCCCCUGGGCUCCUGUUUCUUUCUCCCCACCUGUUUCUAGCCACAGUUCAGGCUAGAUUGACCUGUGGAUAUCCCCGCUCCCUGCUUCUGGAACCCUCCUGGGUUAGUUCUCAUCCCAUCCUCACUCUGGACCCUGCAACGCCCCUUCGAUUACGUUCUGCCAUGAAGGACUGGCCCUGGGAGCGCCCACGUGGAAGCCCUUCUCAGACCCGGGCCAGGAGUACAAACGGACACCCCCAGGGAGGGGAAGGGCAAGGUCACAGCCACCCCUGACCCCUUGGCCCCAAGCCACAGGCCUCUCCCCAGCCUGUUCCUGGGUUUCCUCAGAAUCUUUGCUGCUGUGAGAAUUCCAGGCUUCUCGGCCUCAUGAAAACACCAAGUGAACAAGAGGUUCCAGAACGCGGGGGCCUGGGCCUGGGCUGGUGGGCACAGGGCCAGGGCGCAGGCUACAUUUUGGCUGAGGCUGGGUGUCUGCCGGCCGCAGUGGGGGCCCAGCAUGGGCCUGGAGCUCUACCUGGACCUGCUGUCUGCGUCGUGCCGCGCUGUCUACAUCUUUGCCCGGAAGAACGGCAUCCCUUUCGACUUCCAGUUUGUGGAUCUGCUGAAAGGUCACCACCACAGCAAGGAGUACAUUGAGAUCAACCCCCUGAGGAAGCUGCCCAGUCUCAAAGAUGGAAAAUUUGUCUUAUCUGAAAGUGUGGCCAUCCUUUUCUACCUGUGCCGCAAGUACAGUGCGCCCUCGCACUGGUACCCGCCAGACCUGCACACGCGCGCCCGCGUGGACGAGUUCAUGGCCUGGCAGCACACAGCCCUUCAGCUGCCCAUGAACAAGAUACUCUGGAUCAAGCUGCUGAUCCCGAUGAUCACGGGUGAGGAAGUUCCAGCUGAGAAGACAGAGCAGGUGCUGGCAGAGGUGAAGAACAACUUGAAGCUCUUUGAGGAAAAGUUUCUGCAGGAGAAGAUGUUCAUCACCGGGGACAACAUCUCCCUGGCCGACUUGGUAGCCCUGGUGGAGAUGAUGCAGCCCAUGGCGGGCAACCAUAACGUCUUCCUCAACAGCUCCAAGCUGGCCGAAUGGCGCAUGAGGGUGGAGCUGGCCAUCGGCUCCGACCUCUUCUGGGAGGCCCACGACCGGCUGGUGAAGUUGGCGGAGUGGGACUGCUCCACGCUGGAUCCGAUGGUCAAGGAGAGGAUCUGCGAUUUGCUGCAGAAGUUCACGUAGAAGCAGCCCAGCCUGCGGGCCUGGCCAGCUCAGCCCCCGGCGCCUCCUACCUUAGGGGAGACGCUGAAAAUCACUGUUUUUCAGUGAACUGGAACAACCGCCACGGUUGCUGAGC